CAUUCCUCAUCUAUGUGUAUGACACACUUGAAACAGCUUUGAUUAGCUUUAUCUCCCUAUCUACUUGUUAUUAUUGGAGCUAUUUGUUGCAACUCACCCCAUUCAGUCAAUUGACGAAUAUCAAAAUGUUAUGUGCAUCAUUUGGCAUCCUUUCCCUUUUGGCCUUUGUGGCACACGCUCAUGUCAUCACCCCCAGUGAGGAUGGUGAUAUCUCCUUCAAAUAUUACCCCUCCCAAUCUAAUGGAGACGUGUUGACCUUUGAACUAAGUGGACCUGCUCCCAAUGAGACUAGCUAUGUGGCCUUGGGAUUGUCUUUGGACCAAAAGAUGGGCGACGAUAGUGUUGUGGCUUGCGCACUCAAGGACGGAAAGCCCGAUGUCCGGAUGUACUGGAACUUGAACAAUCCCUACACCAGUGUUCCUUUGGCCAAGCCAUCAACCGGCCUCUCGGCCUUGGAGGUCUCGAUCAAUGAUGGGUUGAUCUCUUGCAAGUUUGACAGAGACUUUGUGACCACAUUCGAUACUCCAACCAAGCCCUCCAAGUCCGUGACCAUCGACAUGACCAAGACUCCUUACUUCACCCUCUUGGCCGUUGGACCUUUGAAGGAUAAUGGCAAUGUAAAUCACCACAAGGAAGUGAUUGUAAGCGACAAGGCUGAAAUCUUGGCCUAACUUAAAGAAUAAAGUUGUGUCUUUGAUGAA